AUGGGGGAGGAAGCAUCUUCUGAUCACACAGUCUUCAAUUGGUUUCGUGAAUUUCAACGCGAUAAUUUUAGUGUUCAAGAUGCUCCGCGUUCAGGUCGUCCUUCAACAUCUGUUAAUGAACAAACAAUUGAUGCUGUACGAAAAAGAAUUGAAGAUGAUCCUCAUUCAACGUAUCAGCAAAUAGAAAACAUAUUGGGUAUCAGUUCCACAGCAAUUAAUUCGAUUAUUCAUGAUUAUUUAAAUCUAAGAAAAGUUUGUGCUCGGUGGGUACCGCAUAAACUAAUCGACGACCAAAAACAGCUGCGAAUUCAAUUUUACCACCAUUCGCUAAAGAGAUUUGAAGAAGGUCAGUCUCGUUGUGUAUUUGACAUUAUAACUGGUGAUGAAUCUUGGUUCUACCAUUAUGAUCCCGAAUUAAAAGAACAAUCAAAAGUUUGG